AUGACUUCCAACACCGAUAACCUGUUGAUCUGCACUGCUUGUGGCACCCAGUUCGACGUUGAUAAUCCUUCCCUGUUAACCCGGUGUCGGAUAUGUGAUGAUCCUAGACAAUUCGUUCCUCCUACUGGGCAAGCCUUUACCACUCUAGGGGAUCUGAAGAAAGGGGAGUAUAAGAAUAAGUGGAAGGCCUUUUAUGAGGAUGAGCGGUUUUGGAGUAUAUGGACCGAACCAAAAUUUGCUAUUGGGCAGAGAGCUGUAUUGAUCAAGACUGAGGUGGGAAAUGUGCUUUGGGAUUGCAUAUCAUUUCUUGAUGCGGAAACCAUCGAGAAGAUUAAUGGGAUGGGAGGGUUGGCCGCAAUUGUUAUAAGUCAUCCUCAUUAUUAUACUACGCAUUUAGAAUGGGCUCAAACAUUCUCCUGCCCCGUCUACCUCUCCUGGAACGACAAACAAUGGCUCAACCGCCUCGACCCCCUCGGCGCCUCCCGAACAUUCAUCCACUCCCGCACCGAAGAAAUCCACAUCCUCUCCCAAUCAACCUCCAUCCACGCUCUCAAACUCGGCGGCCACUUCCCGGGCUCCCUCGUCCUGCUAGCUCACAACCGUCUCCUAAUCGCCGAUACGUUGGUCACGACCCCCGCCGGACUAGGAGAUUGGAGUAAAGACGGAGGAGAGAGGCCUGAGGGAAUUAAUAGCUAUAGUUUCAUGUGGAGUAUACCCAAUAUGAUACCGUUGAGUCCGGAGGAGAUUUCGGGCAUGUGGGAUGUGCUUAAGGGGUAUGAGUUUGAGAGCACGCAUGGGGCUUUUGUGGGGACGGAGGUUAGGGAUGGGGGAGGAGGGUCGAGUAAGAAGGUUAAGCAGAGGGUGUUGGAGAGUAUGCAGAUACAGGUUCGAUAUUCGGGGCAUCGGGACCAUGUAUUUUUAAAGGAGAAGAUAUGA